UUACAGAGAAAUGGAGAAAUUCAAUAUUGGGAAGCAGAAUGUCUCAAGAUUGAUCCUGAAAACCAUAAAGUCAUUUGCCGUUCUCUUGUGGAAAAUUUGGUUGGAGUGAACGAUUUUUCGCUAGAAUAUGACCAUUUGGUUGUAGCAGUUGGAGCUCAAGUGAACACUUUUAACACUCCAGGUGUGGUGGAACAUUGUCACUUUCUGAAGGAAGUUGAAGACGCUCAGAAGAUACGGAGGACUGUAAUAGAUUGUUUUGAAAAAGCUGUUCUCCCAGGCUUAAGUGAAGAAGAGCGAAGGACCAAUCUCCAUUUCGUUAUAGUUGGAGGGGGUCCAACCGGAGUGGAAUUUGCAGCUGAGCUACAUGACUUUGUUCAUGAAGAUUUGGUGAAAUUAUAUCCUUCAGUUAAGGAUCUAGUGAAAAUAACUGUCAUCCAAUCUGGAGAUCAUAUCCUGAACACGUUUGAUGAAAGAAUUAGCUGUUUUGCUGAAACUAAGUUUCAAAGAGAUGGAAUUGAGGUUUUGACUGGUUGCCGUGUUGUUAGUGUUUCUGGACAUUCAGUUAACAUGAAAGUAAAAUCUACGGGAGAAUAUAUCGUUGUACCCCAUGGUAUGGUUGUAUGGUCAACUGGAGUUGGUACUCGCCCAUUUGUGAGGGAUUUCAUGGAAGAAAUUGGCCAGGGAAAGAGAUGGAUUCUAGCAACUGAUGAAUGGUUGCGAGUAAAGGGAUGUCCCGAUGUGUAUGCUAUUGGUGAUUGUACCACUGUGGAUCAACGUAAAAUUAUGGAGGAUAUUUCAACCAUUUUUGAAACUGCGGAUACGGAUCAUUCUGGAACCUUAACUAUUGAAGAAUUCCAAGAUGUUCUGGAAGACAUAAUCAUCCGAUAUCCUCAAGUGGAACUGUACCUGAAAAGCAACCAUUUGUUUGAAGUAACAGAGUUAUUCAAGGAUUCAGAAGGAAAUGAAAGAGAGGAGGUAGAUAUUGAAGGAUUUAAGUUAGCCCUUUCUCAUGUAGAUUCCCAAAUGAAGAGUCUACCUGCUACUGCUCAGGUUGCUGCUCAACAAGGCUCAUAUCUUGCUAGCUGCUUUAACCGUUGGGAACAAUGCAACGCUAACCCUGAAGGCCCUCGCCUCUUUGGAGGUGCUGGGCGUCAUGCAUUUCGACCCUUCACGUAUCGGCAUUUAGGGCAAUUUGCACCAUUAGGUGGUAGCAAAGCAGCAGCAGAGCUUCCUGGAGACUGGAUAUCAAUGGGUCGUAGCACACAAUGGCUCUGGUAUUCUGUGUAUGCAAGCAAGCAAGUCAGCUGGCGUACAAGGAUCCUAGUUGUAUGGGAUUGGACAAGAAGAUACAUUUUUGGAAGAGAUUCAAGUCGAAUAUGAUGCUUACAUUUUGACAUUGUCUCUUUGCUACUUUUUGGUUACUAAAUGCAAUAAUUUUAUAUUUGUAUAAACUUUUACUGUACAUCGAAUAGUAAUUAAUAAUUGCGAAAAUGUAAAUUUGUGGUAGGAAUGGUUUAUUUCUGCCAUCCUUUAAUAGUUAAGGUCAAACUAAAGAUACGUGGAAUGUAUCAAGAUGUCCUUUAAUAUAGUGGUU